CAGGGAGAUGUCUCAUCCACCACCCCAAGCCAACACCAUCACCAUCAGGUCCAACAACACUACCUGCGAGAACAACCCAGAUCUCCUUCAACCAGAUUCUUACAAUUCCUGCACGCAUCCAAUCCUAAUCUCUUAAAAAUCACAAACCACCAUCCAAAUAAUAAUUGAAUCCGAAAAUGCUGACUCAAGUGCUAAUUUGUUAAACGAGCUUUGUCUUGGGUUCCUUUUGUCCUGGAGAUCAGUCAUCAUCAUCAUCGUCAUCAUCAUUGUCUUCUUCUUCUUCGUUGAAAUUGAUAGAUAUAAUUAAUAGCGUAGUGAGUUCUGAAAAUUUGAGAGAGAGGUGUAAGAAAUCGCAAUCUGAGUUUUUUUUUUUGGUUGCUUUUCCGACCGUGUUGGUUCUUGGGCAGAAAUUGAGGCAGCAGCGCAGAUGGGAAGGCUCAGGCUCCGGGUUACUCUACACAAGAUGCAGCAGCAAAAGUUUCUUGUAUAUGGUGGAUAGUUUUGCUAUUCUCUCUGCUACAAGGAAAUUUGAGGAAGACCCACAACGGUCCGAUUCAGAAUCUGUGUUUUGUAGCAUUUUAGCACAGAUGAAAGGAGGAUAUUACUCUAUAUUGAGAGGACGAGCUCUUUCUCUCACUCUGGCUGCCAUUGUUUUUACGACUCUAUUACUUUGGGCUUGGGAGAAAAGUCCUUUUGCCAAUACACUUUUUUUGACCCAAGAGCGAUUUUCAAUUUCCUCUUCAGAUUAUCAUGUGGAAACCUCUAACAAAUCCUCAAAUGCUAUGAGGACAAAUGGGAACAUUGAAGAGAAAGAGUCACGUUUGGUUAUAACAGAAGAAAUAAAUAAUGUAGUAGAGAAUUCAGGUCCUGUUCCAAUCAUUUCUACGCCUGCAUUCUUGCCUGAAAUGCAAAAUAGCGGUGGAAAUGUGACAUCCUCUUCAAAAACGAAAGUUUGCAACUAUGCCAAGGGCAGAUGGGUUGCAGAUAGCAGGCGGCCACUUUAUUCUGGUUCAGAAUGUAAGAUGUGGCUAUCACAAAUGUGGGCAUGUAGACUGACACAAAGAACUGAUUUCUCUUAUGAGGGAUACCGGUGGCAGCCAGAAAAUUGUAAAAUGCCUGAGUUUGAAAAGUCUUCAUUCUUGAGAAGGAUGAAGGACAAGACAAUUGCUUUUGUAGGAGAUUCAUUGGGUCGCCAGCAGUUCCAAUCUUUGAUGUGUAUGGCCACUGGUGGGAAGGAUAGUCCAGAAGUCCAAAAUGUUGGCUGGCAAUAUGGUCUUGUUAAAGCUCGUGGAGCUAUUCGUCCUGAUGGUUGGGCUUAUCGGUUUCCAAAGACCAAUACUACCAUCCUAUAUUACUGGUCUGCAAGCUUGUCCGAUCUAGUUCCCUAUGAUUCCUCUAACAAGACGAGUAAUGUUGCCAUGCAUUUGGACCGUCCGCCAGCUUUCCUGAGACGAUAUCUCCAUUGGUUUGAUGUAUUAGUUCUUAAUACAGGGCAUCAUUGGAACAGGGGGAAGCUUGUAGCAAAUCGGUGGGUGAUGCAUAUCGAUGGGAAGCCCAACAAGGAUGAGAAGCGUGCUGAAAUUGGAAAUGCCAAGAAUUUUACUGUGCAUAGUAUUGUUAGGUGGGUUGAUUCACAGCUUCGGUCACAUCCCCACCUCAAGGCUUUCUUUAGGACAAUUUCUCCGAGACAUUUCUUUAAUGGUGAUUGGAACACUGGGGGCACCUGUGAUAAUACCACUCCGUUGUCUGGUGGAAGUGAAGUUGUUCAAGACGGAUCAAGAGAUCCGGUAAUUGAGGCUGCUCUAAGGGGAACGAAGGUAAAGAUUUUGGAUAUCACAGCAUUGUCAGAACUGAGGGAUGAGGGUCACAUAUCUCGUUACAGUUUUAGAGGAACCCCGGGUGUAAACGAUUGCUUGCAUUGGUGCCUACCCGGAAUUCCAGAUGCAUGGAAUGAAAUACUCAUUGCACAGAUAUAAGCUCCAUUGGAUCAUACGAGUGAACACCUUGAAAAUGAAGACGCUAUUCUUUAUGGUCUAAACGAGACCAAUUGUUCUGUUGUAUAAUUCUUCACGAAACCUUUUUGCUGAUUGUAGAAUAGGCCGAAACCUUAGUCUCGAUUCUUUUUCUCAUUUUAACAUGGGAGUGGAAUUCUUCAAUACAGGGCUUUUUUUUUUUUUUUUUUUUUUUUUUGUUUUUUAGGAAAAUUUUUUGGGUAUACAAGUAUAUGAGUUCCAUUUUUACCGAAGAGAUUAUUAGAAGAAAUACAGGAUCUCAGUGAUCUUUGCAUA